AUGUUUAAACUUAGCAUAGUCUUUCCACUCGUUCUAACAUCCCACGAUCUGUCGGAGUCUUUUUUGUCACUGCAACUAGAUUUUUUGACUUUUGCACACAAUGCUUUCAAAACUAGCACGCCGUUUUCUUAUCCAGUGAUAGCUUUAAGGGAAAUUGUUUCAUCUGCAACAGCUCGAUUGUCAGUGCCAAAGUCUUCUGCUCUUUCAUAUAAAUCACCUGGAUUUCUUCCUGUUCGAGAUUCUCCUCAUGGUUAUUCCUUUUCCAGCCCAGAGAACAAGAAUAGUUUGAGACUCUCCUCGUCCCUUCAAGAUUUGUCUACUUAUCGUCGACUUGAUCCAGAAGCAGGUGACCUUAGCCGUGGAAUAGAGAGGAGUUCAAGUCAUGCAAUACCUCCAAAUCCCUUGCAGAAUGAAAAUGGCGGAUUGAGCUUUUCUAAGGAGAAGGCAUCAUCAGUUAUUCCUUCCAGGCGAAAGAAGUGGAUUCGAGUUAUCUGUGUUCUUCUCUGUUUAUUAUUAUUUGCUUGUCUGUCUUUUGCAGUACAAUUUCUGUAUUCUAACUGGUCUCAAGGUCCAUCAAAGUUCUAUGUAGUGCUUGAUUGUGGAAGCACUGGGACCCGUGUUUACUUAUAUAAGGCUUCCGUUAAUCAUAACAAAGAUGACAAUCUUCCGAUCUUAUUAAAAUCAUUGCCUGAAGAUUUCCACAGAAAAUCUGGUUCCCUGACUGGACGGGCUUACAACAGGAUGGAAACUGAGCCUGGGUUUGACAAGUUGGUGCAUAAUGUAUCUGGGCUGAGGGAGGCAAUAAAUCCACUCGUUCGAUGGGCCGAGAGACAAAUUCCCAAGAAAUCACGUAAGACUACUUCCCUCUUCCUUUAUGCUACAGCUGGAGUUCGUCGGCUGCCAAGUUCAGACUCAGAAUGGCUUCUUAAUAAUGCUUUGUCAAUUCUGAAGAAUUCACCUUUCUUAUGCAAGAGAGAGUGGGUUAAAAUUAUAACUGGCGUGGAGGAAGCUUAUUAUGGAUGGAUUGCUUUAAAUUAUCACAUGCGUGUGUUGGGGGCUACACCCAAAAAAGAAACAUUUGGUGCACUUGACCUGGGUGGGUCGUCAUUACAGGUUACUUUUGAGGGCAAAGAAGCUGCCCAUGAUGAAACUAGCUUAAAGCUGAGAAUCGGCUCGGUUAAUCAUCAUCUCACUGCCUAUUCUCUAUCAGGAUACGGGCUUAAUGAUGCAUUUGACAGAUCUGUAGCUCAUCUAUUGAAGAUGCAUCCUCACAUAACUAAUGCUGAUCUAGUUAGUGGAAAUAUUGAAAUUAAGCAUCCAUGUUUGCAGAAUGGUUUCAAAGAGCGAUACACGUGUUCUCAUUGUGCUUUUGUCCGCCAAGAAGGUGUAAGUCCUACUCGAGGAGAAAUACUGGGUAAAGGAGCAAAAGCUGGGGUUCCUGUUCAGCUUGUUGGGACUCCAAAUUGGCAAGAAUGUAAUGCACUAGCAAAAAUAGCUGUUAAUCUGUCUGAAUGGUCGGACCAUAGUCCAGGAAUUGAUUGUGAGUUGCAGCCAUGUGCACUUGCGGAAAAUCUGCCUCGUCCUUUUGGACAGUUCUAUGCUAUGUCUGGUUUCUAUGUUGUGUAUCGUUUUUUCAACUUGACUCCUGAUGCUGCACUGGAUGAUGUUUUAGAGAAGGGUCAGGAAUUUUGUGAAAAAACAUGGGAUGUUGCGAAAAUAAGUGUUGCACCUCAGCCUUUUAUAGAACAGUACUGCUUCAGGGCGCCAUAUGUUGUGCUCCUACUGAGAGAAGGAUUGCACAUUACUGAUAGGGAGGUAAUUAUUGGUUCUGGAAGUAUUACUUGGACUCUCGGGGUUGCUUUGUUGGAAGCCGGAAAGGCAUUUCCAAACAGGGUAGAAUUUCACAGAUACAACAUAUUCCAGAUGAAGAUUAAUCCAGUUCUUCUCUUUGCCAUUUUAUUUGCUUCAUUGUUUGUCCUUGUCUGUGCAUUGUCUUGCGUUGGCAAUGGGGUGGUAAAGUUCUUUCGAAGGCCAUAUCUACCACUUUUCAGGCACAACAGUGUGGCAUCUACAUCAGUUCUCAAUAUUUCAUCUCCUUUCCAGUUUCAGCACUGGAGUCCUAUAAAUACAGGGGACGGAAGAGUAAAAACACCAUUAAGUCCAACAGUUGCAGACACUCAGCGAAGACCGUUUGAUACUGGACCUGGCUUCAGCAGCGGCGGCAUCCAGCUCACUGAAUCUUCCUUCUAUUCAUCGUCUAGCAGUGUAUCACAUAGUUUUUCUUCUGGCAACUUAGGACAGAUGCAAUUUGACAGUAGUAAUGCGGGUUCCUUCUGGACCCCCCACAGAAGUCAGAUGCGUCUACAAAGUAGGAGAUCCCAAUCUCGAGAAGACCUUAAUUCUUCUCUUGCUGAGGCACACAUGGCGAAGAGUCUUCUUAGUCGAAUGGCUCCCAAAAUGUUUGAGAAAUGGCUUGUUGUAACUGGCUAUAAAGAAAGGAUAUAUGCCUUUGGGGAGGUGGAUAAUUUGCUACAGAAGGGACUGCUGGUGGUAAAAAGAUUCUUGUGCCUGAGGCAAGAGAAAACUCAUUUGCAUAGGCCAGACAUCAACUAA